AUGGCCGGCUACAAAGUGUCCAAGUCUUCUGGUAGUCAUAGUUGCUCUGGCACCACUAGAAAGAUCAGGGAGCAAUUGAACUUCAACGAUGAAAAGAAGUGGAAGAAGUUUUCCAAUAGGAGACUAGAGCUGAUCGAUAAAUUUGGUCUGAGCGAAAGAAAAGCAAGCGAGCAGGACGACAAUAUAAGACAGAUUGCGACGAUUCUGAGAACAGAGUUUGGGUAUUCCUUGAGUGCCGCAGGAGAGUUUGAAAAGCUGGUCACGGCUGCGGUUCAGUCUGUCAGGAGAAACAGGAAGCGAUCCAAGAAGCGGUUGCCUGACAAUUCAAGCGGAACGGCAACCACGACUAAUACAGGGUCUUCAGAAGACGAGUUCAUGGCAAAGGACGACUCGCCGCUGCAGCGACAAAUUUCGAUGACUCCGAUUGCACCAGAUCUGCAUUCGAAUAUGCAGUCGUUGAAUUUUCCGGCCACAUCACUGCCCUCUAUCCAACCGAAGUCGAUCCAGCCGUCUUCGCGCGUGCAAACUACAACACCAGCGCCUUCAGCUCCUGGACCGACUGCAGGAUCGCCAGCUGUACCAGAAGCUUCAGGAGCACCCGUGGCCGCAGCUUCGUCAGUCCCAUCAGGCUCCGCACUAGCGGGAACUUCGCAUCCAUCAUACCAUAUGCCUACACAACAGAGAUACGCGGAUGUAAUCAAGGCAGUUAUAGCAGACGUUGUCAAUAACGUGGUUACGCUGACCGAUCAAAGUCAAAAGGAUCGAUCAAGCAGCACGAAUCUAACAGAAUUUGCAAUGUCCAUCAAUGACAACCAUUUAUUGUCUUUUGGUUUACAUAAUAAACCUUCAAUAACAGGACAAAAUCAAAGCAAGAGCUCAGCCUCUGACAUACCAUUUUUCCUUCGAGAAAAAUUAUUGGUGAUCAUUCAGAGAUCAAGAACCUGCUUUGACAUGGCACAUUCGCAGGGAUCCAUCGAUUUACACUCUAAUUUGGAAAUCCUUGGUGAAAUGGCAGUUAGAUCAUCCAUCGCAUUCGUCAUUGAAAGAUUUUUUUCAAAUUUAAUGCCAUCAUCUAUGGAAUACCUUACGUCGAAGACAUCAAGCUUAGAAUCGUUGGCAAGCUUAUCGAUAAAUGUUUUUGGUCCAGCUUCAAAGAGAAGCCUAAGUCAUCUGCCACCUGCUGUACAAACAAAGCUAUUAUUUUUAGUAAUUGGAGGACUAAUUAAAGAUUUUGGUUUUGACCCUUGUCUUUAUCCUUUGAGCGAAAUCGUUCAUCAUUUAGUAAUGCACCAGUAUCCUUCGGUUACGAAGUCGUCUGUGUUAGCCCAAAAAAAUGGCCCAAACAGUGAUGCGUCACAAAGGAUAACAGUUCUUUCAUCUUUAUCAAUGAAACCGCAGUUAGCUAAUGAAGAUGUUAAUAAGAAAGUUGUAAUAAAGUUCAAGGGUCGUGAACAGGCUUUUACGUUUCAUUUGUUGAGUAAUGGUCCGCCGACAGUAAAUGAAAUACUUGAGAACUGCAAGUCUUUAUUUCAAAUCAUCUCACAAACAAAACAACUGAGUCUAUGUCAUAACAACUCCAUUGUACGUGAUGAUGUGGAGCUGGCAAAACUUUUUAAUAGUUUCUCAAAUCAAAAUAUUGUUUUGGAAGUCAAAGAAGCUCAGAGGGACCCAAGUGAUCUCAACGAUGGUUUAAAAAUUUUGAGUGAUGCGUCAUUACAAAUAAAGCAAGAAAUACCAAACGGACAGUCCCACAAAAAUUCAACUUCAAGUCUUGACGCAUUUGAUAAGAUCAUUAGUCGGAUUGGUAAGUUUCCCAAGAACGCCGAUGCAUCACUGCAACAAAGUUUUCCUCCUUCGAAUAUGCCGGCAUCUACAUCGCAUCAGGCAAAUAAGGAGGAGUUGCCAUCGUUACCAUCUGUUGUAAUGAAUGGAGCAAGAAACAAUUUUUUUUUCCAAGAUAAUAAUUUACCACAAUCCGUGUUUCAGCCGUUAUUAUGA